AUGUCAAAACAAAUAAUUGAAGUUACAGGAUGGGAAAAAAAUAAAUCUAUUCCAUAUUUAGCUUUAGCUAAAACAUUAGAAGACAUUGAAUCUACUUCUUCAAGAUUAGAUAUUAUAAAAAAAUUAUCAAAGUUUUUUUUAACAGCUAUUGAGUUGUCUCCAAACGAUUUACCAGCAGCUGUGUACCUCUGUUCAAAUCAAUUGGGACCUGUAUAUGAAGGACUAGAGUUAGGCAUAGCUGAAGGAACUUUAAUUAAGACUGUUGCCGAAUCUACAGGAAGAACAGUUGGUCAAAUUAAGGCUGAUUUACAGAUUAAGGGUGAUCUUGGUAUUAUUGCACAGGAGAGCAGAUCAAGUCAAAAAGUAUUGUUCAAACCUAAACCAUUAACUGUUCCUUUUGUCUUUGAAAAACUUAAGAAGAUUGCUAAUUCUGCUGGUCAAUCUUCAAUGAAACAAAAAACUGAUUUGAUCAAAGGACUUCUUGUGGCAUGUAGAGAAUCUGAAGCACGUUAUCUUGUACGUUGUCUAAGUGGAAAAUUACGCAUUGGCUUGGCAGAAGGAUCAAUAUUAGUAGCACUUGCUAAUGCUUUCACAUCACAUAGAUUAAAGUGUGAAGAAAAAAAGAUGAGCGAUGAGAAGUUGAAAGAAGUUAUGAUGGCUGACACACUUAUACUUAGGACGGCUUGUUUACCUGAAAAAUGCAAGAUUACAGUAGGAGUACCAAUAAAGCCAAUGUUAGCUCAUCCAACAAAAGGAAUUCAAGAGGUUAUGAAAAGAUUUGGUGAUUCAGAAUUUGCCUGCGAAUGGAAAUAUGAUGGAGAAAGGUGUCAAAUUCACAAAACUAAAGCUGAAGUUAAGAUAUUUAGUAGAAAUCAAGAGGAUAAUACUUCAAAAUAUCCUGAUGUUAUUGCAGCGCUAGCUCAAUGUUUUUCAGAUAAUGUUGUAGAUUUUAUUUCUGAUGGAGAAGUUGUUGCUUGGGAUCCGACAACUAAAAAUAUACUCCCAUUUCAAACUUUGAGUACAAGAAAAAGAAAGAAUGCUGGUGAUUCUGAAAUUAAAGUUACUGUUUGUAUAUUUUUCUUUGAUUUACUGUAUUUUAAUGGCGAACCUUUAGUAAAAAAGACGUUUCGAGAAAGGAGGCAAAUACUUCGUGAUAAUUUCAAAGAAGUUCCUGGUGUUUUUUCAUUUGCCACAUCAUUAGAUACAACUGAUACAGAAGAAAUUAACAAUUUUCUUGAUGAAGCUGUUAAAGGAAAGUGUGAAGGUUUAAUGAUUAAGACGUUAGAUGAGAAUGCAACAUAUGAAAUAGCAAAAAGAUCACACAACUGGUUAAAAUUAAAGAAAGAUUAUCUUGAUGGUGUUGGUGAUACAUUGGAUCUUGUUGUUAUAGGUGGGUAUUAUGGUACUGGUAAAAGGACUGGUGUAUAUGGAGGUUAUCUCCUAGCUUGUUAUGAUUAUGACAUGGAGGAAUAUCAGACAAUUUGUAAACUUGGAACUGGUCUUAAAGAUGAAGAUUUGAAGGUUCAGUAUGAACAUCUUAAUAAGUUGAUAAUUGAGAAGCCUCGUGGAAGUUAUAAAUAUGUUUCUUCACUAGAACCUGACGUUUGGUUUGAUGCAGAAAUUAUUUGGGAAAUAAAAUGUGCAGAUCUUAGUAUAUCGCCACUUCAUCAGGCUGGGCGUGGACUUAUUGAUCCUGAUAAAGGUAUUUCUCUUAGAUUUCCUAGAUAUCUACGUCACCGAGAUGAUAAGACUUGUGAUCAAGCAACAUCUUCACAACAAGUUGUUGAGAUGUAUCAAGCACAAGAGAACGUAAAAAAUAGUGAUUCAACGAUAGAUACUAUGAUGGAUGAAGAUGAUUUUCUUUAA